UAUCUGGAUCUGAAAGCAGCAGGAAGAGCAAGCUUGACUUGAUUUUGAAAUCCUGAAACCUACCCCUAUGGCACACCUCCUCCAACAAGCCCACACCUUCUCCAACAAGAUCACACCUCCCAAUCCUUCUCAAGUAGUGCCACUCCCUGUUAAUGGAACAUUCAAAUAUAUGAGCCUAUGAGGGGUGGAGGGGGACUUCCUAUUUAGAACACCACUGUAAUGAACAACAGUAGUUCUUGCUUUUGGACCAUGCGAUCAUAGAAGGGAUGCAUGCUAGUUUGUUUCUUAUGAGCCACAUCAACAGAUUUUUGCAAUCUGUUGUUUCUCCCUGGGCCUAGGAAGAAUUCAUCAUUUAUUAAUCAAGAUGGGGAAAUGGAAGUUGGGAAACAGUGACAAGGACCGCGCCUGCAUAACUUACAUAAGCAAGAAUACUUAGAAUGGCUAAAUAUUUAUGAAUGUAUAGGUAUUUAAAGAGACUACAAGCGAAUUCUACCUAGCCAUUCAAGAUGUUAUGAAUGGAUAAUAACCGAAUAACAACAAAGAUGUUCAUGUGUUUUAAUGAGAAUGGGAUAUUUUUAUAAUGUUAGGAAUUUUCUGAUUGAGUUCUGAAAAAACAGAGAAAGAAUGUGCACAUAAGGGCAGCAUUGUGAAGGGAACUGUGUGAACAGUUGUUAACCUUUGGUGGUAUGAUAGAUGUUAUUUUCCUCUCUAUGUUCAUCUAUGUUUUCUAUUUUUAUGAUGAAUUUGUGCUGCUUUGUGGUUUUUAAGAUGGUUAAGGUUGUGAUAGCUUGUAGUGGAAAAACUAACACCCACAUAGUAGCCAGGAGCCCUUGGGACGUUGCAGUAGAAAUGCAUCCAGGUAGGACAAAUCUGUUCCUGACACAACUCAAACAUUAACAGCACUGCAAAUGCCGGGAUAACUUUCUGAAAGGCAGCCAAGUGAGAGGCCAGGGCAGCUAGAAGACACGAGUGAGCAGAGGAAGUCUGCUUAGUUCUCAGGAAGUCCAUAUAUCCAGAAAUGAGCUCACGCUGGACUGUAGGGAGCUUUCUAGAGUCUGGAGAAAAGCCAGCAUCCCUUUGGAACUUGUGAAACUGGCUCCCAUCUGCCAAAAGGAGUCAUUUCCCUUCCCUCAAGCAGACAGGAGGUAUGGCUACUCCUGGUUUCACAUCAAAGCUCACACCAGUCUCCAAGCUCCCUCAGUCCCUACUCACAUGUAUUUCUUAUACAUUUCAGAGUCCACACUGGCAGCUCUAGGUGUCCUUCCUCCCAGAUGCCAAUUCGUUCUCUUUAUAAUGGUAAAGUCCCCCCACCCCUGUCCUGUCUUUGCUGUUGCCCUGCCUCUCACAGAGACCCCUGACCCUGUCCAGUCUGAUUCCUUUUGUCUCUUCUCUGGGCUCUCCCAGAUACCUGUGGAGUAUUUCCUCUCCUUUACCUACAAUAAAAACCUUCCACGGUAAUAGAUUAGUCCUGUCAGCCAUUUUUUUUCCGGAGCUGGGGACCAAACCCAGGGCCUUGCGCUUGCUAGGCAAGCGCUCUACCACUGAGCUAAAUCCCCAACCCCUGUCAGCCAUUUCUUUUUUUUUUUUUUUUUUUUUGGUUCUUUUUUUUUUUUUCGGAGCUGGGGACUGAACCCAGGGCCUUGCGCUUCCUAGGUAAGCGCUCUACCACUGAGCUAAAUCCCCAGCCCUAACGUGCAUCUGGUGCUAACACCCAUGGGGGAAAAAGGGACCAGUUGCCAAGGGGCGGGGCCUCUAACAGAACCAAGUUACGAAUUUGACCGUCCUAAUGUAUGAGUCAUUUAUUUAUGCUGGCUUUUGUCAGGUCAAAUUUUAGCAUCCUUUUCUUCAGCAGCUGUUUCUCCCCUGCUCUAAUCACUCAUGUCUCCUCCUCGUCUGUGGUAAGUGUCUCUCUAGCUUCCUAGAGCCUAUUAUUGCUGCACAAGGUGAGCCAGUAAUAUCAGGCCUCUUUUCUCCUCCUACUGGGCACCCACCACAUGGAAAGGGUGCCUCUCUUCUGUGAUUUGGGACAUUUUUCUGACUGCCUGGAUUGAAAUUCUCCUCACAAGGGCCCUUACCUCUCUCUCUCUCUCCUCCCCCAUCUUUGAUCUCCCUCCUACCUAUCCCUCGGCCUGUUUCCGAAGUUUGCUCUGUCUUUCUUGAAGUCUCUCCCUUCUAAUCCUUGCUGUGCUCCUGGCCCCCUCCCCACCUGCUUCUCAGCCUGCUCCCCAAGCUUGCUCUGUCUGUUUUGUGUGCCUGCUGAAACCUUUACUCACCUGCCUUCUCUAGUCUCUCUCCUCAUCAGACUCAUAUGUCAUUAAAGGCUUUCUGUCUAACUGCAAAUGGCCUGGUCUCGGUCCAGCUAGAUGAUCAGUCUCAAUAGGUCAAGAUGGGAUACAUUUUGUUACUAACGCAGCUCAGAAGUCAACAAUGCUGAUAACGCCGGGAGAUUUUUCUAAAUGCCAGUCGAGUAAGAAGCCAGAUCACCCAGAAGAAGUGAACAAGCAGCUGAAGACCACAGGGCGCUCUGUGCUUCCCCGGAGUCGUGACCCCGGCUUGCACAGGAUAUGAACCGCAAGACUGGAUUGAGCUGCCUUAUUUCCUUUCAAUACUCGUAGUUUUUAAAAAAGUGUUGAUUUGCCAAGCUGGCACCGUUGUCAAAUACACAGAGGGUCCCUCCAUUCUGUUACUUUCUUGGCAGUUGGAGCAUCCACCGGCUCAGCUGCUUAAUGUGUAAAUGUAGUGUCCCACGGGCCAUUCUCCAUUAGACAGCAUCUACCCAACCAUGAUGAAUCCAGCAUCAUGUCCGGAACCUGAGCACUCUGUGUCCCACUUUAAGAAAGUGUGUUGAGUCUUUGAGCUACAGAGACUCAUGAGUGUUCUGGUGGUUCUCCGAGGGGAAUGGGGUAGAGGGUGAUUAUUUUAACCUCCAGUCUCUGGUGCUACACAGAGCAGUCCUUCUGGUGAGCACAUUUUCUAUAUCUGAACACACUGGGAUGCUUUCCUCAGGAUGGGGUCCCUUCCUCAUCUGCCUUCAAUAGCUAGACGUAAAUGAAUGAAACACACAUCGGUGUGAGAAGACUGGUCUGGACAGGCAAGCUCAGCAAAUGUACCUGGACAUACAAUAAAGAUGGCAAGACACCUCUUCUCUUCAUGCGUGAUGUCUGUGCCCAUGAUUGGUUGGGGAUAUCUCUUGCAUUCAUUUUUCCAUGAGUGAGGAUGAGAAGCUAAUUCUCACCCAUUAUUCUUAUUGUAGACUGGAGAAAACUAGUUCAUAAAUGAACAACAGGAUAAGAUAUAAUUUAGUCCUGUUGGAACUGAUCCUGAACUUCCUUGUUCCCCAUAUUUAAUUAUAUUAUUAUUAUAUUAAUUAGUGUGAUAGACUGACCUAAGUACCCUAAAGGUAGACCAUGAAUGUGUAUACUAGUCCACAGCCUGCAUAUGCCACUAACAUUAGGCACUUAAAUAUAAUUCAAACAAAGGCACAGGUAAAAAGUAGAAUUAAAAACAUUUAUGAUUUCUCUUAUGUGCCAGAAAGUAUUUUAAAAUGUCUUUAUCUGUUACCUUUUAAUUUGUAAAAUAACAAUUUUCUGUUCCUAACUAAGAUGUGCUGAUCCAGUUCUUACAUAGUAUAUUGGAAUAUUCUUAUCACCAUUUAUCAAGUUAGAAAAAAGAGACAACAUCGGUUUCCUAGGGCUUUAGACUUUCCAGAUUUGAGCCCCAAUUUUCCUGCCUGGAACUGGCAAAAUUUAUACAGACUUAGAUAGCAUGCUUUCCCUAACAUGUGAUGUAAGUCUCAAAGGACAGUACAGACCACCUUCCACAGUCAAGGUUCCGUUGCUGGAAUAGUUGUCAUCAACACAUCUGUGCACAUUGGAUUUCCCCCCUGCUUAGAAUCUCCUUUCUUCACAUGUUUUAUUUUCUUGUUAGUUUGUAGAUCUUAAAAAGAAACAGCAUAACAGAGAUGAGGGCUUCCCUAUGCCAUAUUCUGAUUUUCUAUUUAUCAAAUUAAUCAGGUUCCCUUGCACAUUAAUUCAUUGAUGAAGAUAUUUAUCAUCAUGAUAUUUUCAUUGCACUUUGGUUUUUGUGAGCUCUGUAGAACACUGAAAAGACGUUGCUCCUGUGUGAUGCUUUGAAGGGGUCCUGUUUUGUAACCAUCUUCUAAUAAUCUGAAAUUUUGAAUCGAGAUGCUAGACUAGAAUAGCAUUAUUUAUUAUUAUUAACACAAUUGAGCCUUGUUAUUUAGUUAUUUAUUUAUUAUUGACAACAACACUGUAUGGGUCUGUAACAUAAGUGUUUCGUAGACCAUAUAUAAAUUCUUACAGACUUGAGAAAUUGGUAAUUCAGUAUUUGAACACUACAGCUGCUUAAUUAACAAAUAUAUUUACGGACUAUGGAGACACAGGGGAAGAGUGGCCCUGAUUAGUGAACUGAAUGCCUCAUUUGCUGCCAGAUGCAUAUUUCUCAUGCUCCUGUAAAGGCCGAUGGUUUUAAAACAGAGAUGAAGUCUUUUAAGAGUGUUUUAACAAAAAUAUCCAAGGAUUCAGGAAACAUUAGCUUUCCUCCCUUUAAUAUUUCCUGCCCAAUUCCAUGAAAUUAAGAGGAAAUAUACAGCCGGGUCUUUGUUCAUAGCACAAAAUAAUAGGAAAUACGCUUAAUUUAUAGAACAAUGUUAUUGGGCAGGUGCUAAGGUUGUUUACAGUUCAUGUGUGUUCAUUUUCCAUGAGCAUUUCUAAUAAGAAUGAAUGGGUCCCUGCUCUCAUCCGUUCUUAUGUAAUGCAUGUCAUUCUUGUGUCAUCCGAUAAGGAGUAGCACUAACUAUGUAUUCCAUAUAUUUCCCUUUCCCAACUUCUAAUUUUAAAAUUCCAUCACUUAAUUAUUAACUAUUUCUAAAAAUGUAAUCCCAGUAUAAAUCCCCUAGGCCCACGCUGUCCACUGCCUUCUUCCGUUGUUAGGACAGCAAAUAUAAUGGGAGCUGAAAGUCAAGCUUGUGUGUGUUCUUCCUCUGACUCACAUACUCUUAUAUGACUGUCUGACGGCUUUCUCACUAAGGACUGGAUAUCACAAGAAGGGAAGACAGUGGAUUUGACACUGGAAAGAACCUGACCAUUAGAGUUUGGAAUGUCAGAAAACCCAAUGACACACACAAUUAUUAUAGACGCAGCUGCACACAGUUGUAAAUAAGUUGUAAAGUUUUAGGCACCCUUUUGUUUGAAAAGCAAGCUAGGUCCGAAUUGUUUUAUUUCACCUAAUACUAGAAAAUUUAACUUGUCAGAGGCCUUAAGCAGGAUUUUACUGCUUUGUGAAGAACAGAAACUUGACCUCAGUUUUUUUCAAUAAGUUUUGUCUUCUUCCUCGAGGCAUCCCACCAAGCUUUUGGAGAUUUCCCAUUGCUUUGGAGGUAGUUGUGUGUGUUUUCACUGACCCUUAGAAACCAGAACAGUCUUGUGAACUAUUGUACUUAAGAACCUUGUGUAGUUGGUGGCUGUUUUCUUUUCAUCGGCGAUCUUUUAAAUCUAGACGCAGCAGAAUUGCUUUGUCUAGGAGACAUGAUCUAUGGGGAACUGAGGCAAUAUGUGCCUCCUCCAUUACAGAACGUUGGACAUGCUUACUCUCUAAGACUCAAGGAGAAUUCUUGGCACCCAGAUACGAACAAUUGUCUUCCUGGGAGUCUUUGUAUAAAUGACAAUUUCUAUGGCCUUCAACUUCCCUCCCCUAGCAUAAUGAGUAGAUUAAUAUGCUCCUUCUUGGCAGAAAUGGGAACUAAUUUAUUAAAAGGAGAAAGAAAACAUGUUGUGCUAAAUCAGUUACUAAGGCAACAGGCACUCCAUACAUGUUCAACAAGGGAGCAAAAAGUGGGUUCACAGCUCUUUAAAGCCGAAGAGAGCAGAAAUCUGAUCACAAACACCCCCCCCCCAACUCUACCCCUUCCCUUCCCCAGAAUCAGGUAAGUAUGGAGUAGACACCCAAGAUAAGUUUUGUAUAAUAAUCUUAUCAAAGAGUCUAGAAGAAACUUGAUAAUAUUAAAUGUCAUUUUCUCUAGGACAACUAAUUCUACCUCAGGAAUAUCACAAAGUAUACAAAUAAUGGACACAUUUUGAUUUUAUCCAUGUGUUUUGUUUGUUUGUUUGUUUUACAUUUGGGUUUUCCAAACAGGGUCUUACAAUGUAACUCUGGCCUGGAACUGGCUAUGUAGACUAGGCCUCAAACUUGGCCUCCAAAAUGAUGGGAUGAAAGACAUGCCCCACAUUACCUGACACCAAAUAAAAUAAAUUCCACCACCCCUGUGACAUGUUGGUACUAGGAAGCAGUCAUUAGUACAGCAUAUGAAGGUGUCAUUGUCUCCCCUGCUUUCAAAGUACAGGGCAGAUUUCUCAGCUCGUACUGUGGAUGCAGGACUUCGUAAGAUGUUUAUCAGAAUCCCUGGACCUCAUCCAUUAAAUGCCAGGAGCAUCCUCUAAACCGUAGCAACUCAGAUUCCCUUUAUCAUCACCACAUAUAAUCUAAGAGUCACAUGUGCUCUGAGCUUCUGCUGUGGGUCUUUUCAAUUGCCCGUCCCCAUGCUAAGAGAUUGCAGAACAUAAAGAGGGCAUACACAGGUACAGGAGAGGAACUUCCUGUUGGCUGGGUGGUGCAAAUCACGGGGUUUAACCAAUUUGCAUUCUAUUUGUUCUUUUGUGACACCUCCUGUUAUGCCAGUUAGGCCUUUCUGUACUGUGAUGUACAAUUGUGGCUGAGUAGCUCGUCAAGGAUCAGAGGGGUAGCAUUGCAUAAUGUCCUCUCUUUCCUUACUUAGUUAUGAUCCCGAUUUUUGUUUUUUUCCAGGAGCAUUUUCACAUACAUUCAUAUGGGAUUUCGGUAAGUUUAGGAGUACACCCAGAAUUAAGAUUUCACAAUGGAAAUAAGAGUAUACUAAUCCCUUACUACAAAUGUCUGCACAGAUUGCAGCACCGCACUGAAAACACACUGAGCUAAAAGAGGACAGAUAAACAUUUGGUGCAUGGCAAUCCCUCUCUUGAUCCUGUAAAUCAUCUUACAAAUUUUAUUUGUGAGAUUUUGCUACACUGCAAUGCCAUAUGCAAUAACCACAAGUUAUCUAGGCUUCUUAAUGUGCAUUCCCAUGCUAGAUCCCCAAGCACAACGGGGCACUAAAAUGCUUGUUAAUAUUUUUACCACACAAGGAGAGAAAUCCACCAGGGAUAAGGAUGAGCAAACCCAGGAUAAAUUAAUGUAAUAAUGUGAUGAUAUGAGCAUUAACGUCCCCAGCCCUGUUAUGAUCCCCACAUCCUAACGUACAGCCUUCCUUGCUUUCUAUCCGUUUUACUCCAGUACCGUGCUUGCUACUAUUUCAUUACCAAUGAACAAGUAGCAACAUGGAAAUCAAAAAGACUACACUUCCCCAAAUGUUGGAAAGCUGUGCGGGUUUUAGACAUCUUAGCAUAAGCCUAAAUAAAGGAAAUUUGAUGGAUCCCCAGCCCUUAGCAUCUGCCUGUGGCUGUUGAUGAUAGCCUGCAGUAUCCAGCAGCACAUGACACCAUGUGCUGUCACUUCCUUUGUCCAUGCUACUAGCAAAUGAGUCUAAGUACUCUUGGGUCCCAAAACUACCAAGGCAUCUAUACCUUUGGAGGUAGACAUAGUUCUUGGCUACUCUGUUCUGUGUUUAGUGAUUUGCAGGUCUAACGUAUAGAUGAAAUGUCCUGUUGACUUCUUUUGCCUGAAACGUUGAUAAAAGUUCUCAUAAAAGAUCCUCAGGUACUGGAUUUGGUACUCAGACAGUAGUCUUUUGCAGCCUUCAGUGGAAGACUGGAUGGAAGGAAGUGAACUUGAACUUGAUCACAGAGAACUGAGGUCAGGUCCCUGUGAUGACCAAUGACAAAAGCAUAUUGUAACCAGGGUACUACCGAUAGCAUACGAAGAGUGACAUGAGGUGGACUCUUCUUCAGACUGUGGCCUGGAUGUUGGUCACGAUGUUAUCUGACUAAGCCUCUUUCUACCUGAAUUCAUUUUGCUGUUGACAAGGGAGCACCUCGGUAGCUUUAGUCAUCACUGACGUUCCCUCGAGCACUGUACUAUGUAGGUCUAGGGAUGAUAGUUUUAAUGAAGAAUACUGUUGCUCAGGGCCACUUUGAGUCUCCUAGGACUUUGAAGUAAAGACUUUGAGAAGUAAAGAACACAAGACACAGAGCGCUGUUAAAGUCCGUGGGGAUCUACAAAGGAUAUUUAUGGUUUGUGUCAAAUUCCUCAUGGUUCUACCUAUUAUGCCCCUUGGAAUAUGUAGAAAAAUUGCCUAUGAGGUACUAAUUACCAACAGCCAGAACAACCAGGUCCUCUCACAACCACAUAUUACAGCUCCUAGAAAUAUAUUUCUUAUUCCAUACCUCACUUUAUUCAAAGAACACACAUUCCUAUUUACUCAAAUCCCCUAAUGCCUCAGUAGCAUCAACUUCUGCUUCUGACUACUAAAAAGGGAUUUCUUCAAAGCCAUCUUGCUUUCAAGACAGAGUUAUGAAAACAAAUAAACACAGGGGCCUUAGGAUUGGUUCAAUGGGUCAGGGUACUUGCUGCUCUCAAGGAUAGCAUGGAUUUGGUUUCCAGCACCCACUUUGGUGGCUUAAACUGCCCGUCACUUCAGUUCCGGCAGAUCUGAUGCCGUCUCCUGGCUCUGUGGGCACCAGCCAUGCACAGCUUUCUUACCUGAUCUUAUUUUUAUUUUAACAAAUUUGCCAGCUAAUUAAACUUGCAGUGCUAAGGAUCAAACCCAGGCCCUUGCACCUACUAGGCUAGUACCUCACCAAUUAGAUGCACCCUCAGUUCUGAUUUUACUCUUACCGGUUGAGACCAGCCGUUCUCAACCAUCCUAAUUCUGUGACCCUUUAAUACAAUUCCUGAUGUUGUACUGACCCUCAACCAUAAAACUAUUUCAUCGCUACUCCAUAACUGCAAUUUAGUUACUGUUAUGAAUUGUAAUGUAAAUAUCUGGGUUUUUUAUGAUCUUAGAUGACCCCCGUGAGAAGGUAUUUUGAACCCCCCCCCAAAGGGAUAGUGACCCACAGGUUGAGAAUGAGUUUUAGAUUAUAUGUCCUUGAUCUGAAGGUAUGUAUUUGAAACACUUCACAAUUUUAACUAUUUUUUUCUAUUUAAUAUUAAAUUCAUUUAGUAACAAAUGAAUGUUUCCCAACAUACAUUGGUUCUGAAAAGUGGCAAUGUACAAUGUAUUUGAAGGUUUUAUCUGCUGUUGUUUUGUUUAUUUUUUAUUCUUGCAUUGUGGUUCAGUACAAAAAUGUUGCUCACUUAGUAUUAGCAUAUUAUUUGGCUUAAAGUUUUUAACAGAUCAAGGAAUCCAGAAAAAGGAGAGAUCCAAUAAAGAGACACCAACUACCUCAUCAGCAGAUAGGCCUCAAAUAGUUAAGUAACUAAUAAAAAGACACUCUUCAAGGACCAUCAUCUAACAAGUACGUGACCAAAAACCACUAAGGAACAAUAAAUAUAUUUUGUUUGUCACAUUCCUAUAAUGUCUGAAGUUUUUCUAAAGGUUCAAAUAUAAGCACUUUAUGCACAUAAGCACAUCUCAAAAUGUAACGUGCUGACCAGCAGAGCAGCCCAUGGUGACUCCCAAGUGGCUCUGGUCGUUAGUGAGAUGUGCAUUCAUCUGCUUGUCCUAGAGUACACCACUUUCUAUAGCAACCCUGUUUGAAUUGGGGUCAUGUGGCAUUCAUUCACAGUUCAGACAUGUCACUCGGAGAUGCUUUUCAGAGUUCUUCAUAGAAGGUCUUCUUCCUAUAAGGUUGGCCAUUAGGCUGGAUUGGUUAUCUGGUCACCAUUACUUCCCUCACGUAGAAGUCCUUCAAACUCAAUUGGUUUUUAAGUACCAGAAAUUCGUACCCUGCUGGGAAUAGUCCUCUUUGGCAUAAUUCUCAUAACUGGAUGUAUCGUGAUAAUCUACCCAUGGUUCUCCAAUGCCCUUUAUAUGAUAAAGAGUAAAAUUAGAAACAACUAAUAUUCAACAAUAAACCCCCCUUGGGUAGUGUAGCUGUGAAGUGUGCUAACUGGAAUCAUUUCACUUUUUUAAAAAUGCAGGAAAGUAUUCAAACCUUGAACAUUUCAGACGCUUUGCAAAAGGUCUGUUUUGUUUAUUUGUAGUUUUUUCCUUCUAUCCAUGAAUGAAUAGGAUAUCUCAAGUACACCUCAUUUCCUUUGCUGAACUGUGAAGUCACAAUACCAAUACUAGACCACAGGCAUUUGUAUGUAGAAAGGCGCACACACACAGAGAACAUUCCCCCAAUGUGGUAGAUCCUAUUAGUAAAAGUGCUGUAGUGUCAAUAACUCUAUUACAAUUUACUGAAAGAAAUAAACACAGAGGUUUGAUUUUGAAGUCCAGUGAAAGAGAUGUUUAGUCAGAUGACAAGGCUCACAGAGCAACAAAAGAAAACUGGGUGGCUUGCCCGCUACCCUCCAACAGUGGGAUAGAACUACACUCAUUAAAUAGAUUAAGGGUCAUGCUUUCUUACAAUUAUUGAUGAAAACUUUUGAUAAAAAUGUAGCUGCUUUCUCUUUCAUAUUUUCCUGAUGUUUCAAUGAUAGAAAACAACACUAGUAGCAGAACAUAUUGCUAUGGACAAGGGGAAAGGAUAGUCUGAGGCCUUGUCUCACUUUUUAAAUUUACUUUAAAAGCUAGACCUCUAAUUGUAGCACUGGGGAGGUUAAGGAUGGACGACAGGAGGUUAAGGAUAGCCUGGGCUAUGGAGUAAGUUCUAGGCCAGUGGGGAUGAUAGUGUGAGAGGCCGUCUCUUUAACAAAAUUAUAUGAACACAUACUUCAUACUGCUCAUGCAUGAAAUGCAGGAUUUAUGCUGCAUGCACUUGUUCUUUGGAACGUUUAUAUAAGUGAAAAUCUUUAGGUUACCUGCAUAUAUAUAUAUAUAUAUAUAUAUAUAUAUAUAUAUAUCUUUAUUUAAAAAGUGGGAGGGAAGAGGUCUGGAUAACAUCUAUAGUGAAUUAUAAUAAUAAACCGUCUCCAAAAUAAUUUCUCUCCAAUUUUAAUAGAAGGUAACGGUGCUGAUAGUUAUUUUGUGAGAGUUCCUAAGCAAAUGUAAUAUAAUUUUUGUAAAAUUUUAAUGAUAAUGUAUAUGUGAAUUAUACUGUGAAUACCUACAGUGUUGUUCAAUAUGGGCAUUGGGAUUCAGAUGCAUGGAGACCGGUCUGAAGGGGAAGACACUGUGAAAUUUAUCCUUUCAGUGUGUCCCAAGAAGUUAGGUGGCUGUUACAUUCAGGAUAAAUACAAAGGGAGUUUUAUGAAGAGAAGAAAAAAUGAAAAAGUUAUUUCAGCCAUGGGUAGAGGCAGAGUCAGAGGAUGUAGAAGACUGUGGAAGGCUUUCUGGGAAGAGGUAACUCUUGCACAGAUCUGUCAGGAAACCUAAGUCCGUGCAGUACCUGGUGGGUGGACAUUUUUCUUCAGUCACAUUAUACUAUAGGAAAUGAAGAGGUUCGUGGAAUGUAAUGGACUCCAAGUUUCUUCAUUCUGGGAAAAACUUCAAACUCAGAUGAUGGACAACAUGGAAAGUCGGCAAGUUAAUGCUGAACCCGGCAUGUUACAGGAUAAGAGACGUUGUCGCUGCCCUACUUUGGGUCCAGCAAGUGGAGUGAUUUAUACAAAAGUAGCACAUUCCCUCAAGAAGUAGGACACCUGGUAACCCUCAUUUUAUAAUAGCAGAGAGGCCAGACACGGCUAGAGCCAGGUCAGUACUUUCUUGGUUUUUAAGGUUGUACAAAGCCCACAUAGAAAGGAUGCAGACCCUUGUUAACUCAGGAAAUCCUAUUAACUAGAAUUACUGAACUCAUGCGAGAGUAAUGAUAAAAUAAUUAAGUCACUCAUCACUUGCCAUAGGUACUUUAUUUUAGAAUGAUAAAGUGUGCACCAAGUAGGACGGGUACAGCCCUGCUUCUGCUGUAUAAUUAGUGAGGCUGUAAUGAUGCCUCCAUAACCUGUAUCUGUGCCAUAACCUCAGAUAUGUUUUCUUUUUUCUUGUGAAAGUUUCUGGUGAGGAUUUCAGAGCCAUAUGAAAAAAAAAUGAAAGGAGCCAUUCAUGAUCACACAUGAAUGAUACAUAAUGUAUGUAUGUAAAGAUAAAUAAUGUUUGAUACCUGGAACACUUAAUAACCAUUGCAUAGUGGUUCUUAAGACCCAAUUUUCCCUAUUCAAUACUGCUUUGUAAGUGGACUGAGGAGUGUGAGAAUCUGGCAACCUUAGGAGAGAGUUGAGUCUAACUCCUGCUGUCUAUCAUCAUAGUCUGGGGCGUGGCCUAUGACCUCAGCAAACUUCAAGUUUGAGUGUAUGGAAAUUGGGUACAAAAUACUUGCUUCAUGUCUUCUGUUCAUUUUUGCUUUGUUUUGCUCUUGAGAUAGAACAACAAAGGAUGUUUUAUAAACCACAAAGCACUAACCAAGUUAAGAAUACUAAAUGCAACUUCUGCACUGCACUAAUUCCAGAUCCUAUGACUUGAGUUACAUAAACCGAUUUGAAACACUUUAUUAAAAAACUUAAGCUCUUUCCUAAGAACAAAUACUAGAGUGAGCUGUUAAGGUUUUUCUAUGGAUUUGUGUUGCACUUUCAAUUUAGCCUGAUAACUUUAAUAGAUUUUAAAAUCCCGGAGUUGUCCCUGCUAGCUAAAACUUGUGGCAUAACGGGAGCUAUCCAGACAUGAAUCAGUGGUGAUCAAAUUGAUCUAGCAGCACUAGCCACAUCUCAUGGGAGCUUACAAAGGCUUAAGAAGAUGCUUUAAAAAUUAUUUACUUAAGAUAUUUCUCUUAAAACUGAAGCAUACUAUAAUGGGAUAUUUUGCAAGCCCAUCUCUUGUAAAUUCCCUAGUGGAACUGGAAAGAAAACAAGCCAGUUGGAAGACCAAGGCUUCAAUAUUUUGAGUCUAUUCUAGCUUGAAUAAAUUCAAGCCAAAGUACUGGCUUCCAAGUGUAUACAGUUCUAUGGCUCCCUUAGGUUUUCUGGGUUUUGCUGGUUUGCUGUGUCUUAGGGCUCUUAAUUAACUGAUUGAGCAUUCCCUCUGUCUCUAAAUUUCUUUACAAUAUCAAAUGGGCCUUGUGACCAUCACCAGCUGCAAGCACGGCAUCAAUUAACUUACCAAAACAGAAGCUUCGGUGAUUAAUCCGUAAUGACAGGGCUGCUCUCCCAACUGAUUACAUUCAUUAUCAAGCAGCCAGAGGUAGAGCUCGCUCCUUGGAAGAUUUAUUGCUGUGAAAUGAAUUACCUUGCUCUCUUGUCUUUCCGAAAGUAGGCCUGGUAUGUAAGAAAGAUGAAAAUAUCAACAAAGAGAUAAUGAUGGUCUUUAAAAAAGGAAGGAAGGAAGAGGAAGGAAGGAAGGAAGGAAGGAAGGAAGGAAGAGGAAGGAAGGAAGGAAGGAAGGAAGAGGAAGGAAGGAAGGAAGGAAGAGGAAGGAAGGAAGGAAGGAAGGAAGGAAGAAGAAGGAAGGAAGGAAGGAAGGAGGAAAGAGGGUUCAUUGGUAGGUAUUUUCAUGGCUUCAGCUUUGAAGCAAUACAUCCUUGCACAAAUGUCCUCUCUGAUCCUUUGUAGAGCCACUGAAUGAUUGUUACCAUUGUAGGAAUAACAGUUUCUACACAUGUGUCAGUCAAGUGCGGAAGUUUAUUCUUCUUAUUCCUCCUCUCAUUUUGGUUGACCAGAUCACCAGAGGUAGAGUCUGGGUUCUGAAGUUCUAUAAAAGUUUCAUUCACUCAGACUUUCUUUCUACAAGCCUAGUCAUGGCCAGCUUGAUUCUCUUGUGAUGUAUCUCUGGUACAUCCUCUAAUGAUAAAUUUUACUAUCUAAACUACACAUACACAUACACAUGCACACACACUCUGUGUGUGUGUGUGUGUGUGUGUGUGUGUGUGUGUGUGUGUGUGUAUGAGGUUGUGUGCGUGUAUACCCUAUAUAGCCUUAUGCCUUUUUCUAUAUCCAAAUUUUACAUAUGCAUUCUAUUCUUUCUUUAAAAUGUAUAUACCUGAGCUAUCAGUGACACUCUUCCUGUCUUCUGUCUUCCUGUCUAUAUGACUCUUAUCCAUGGUCAUUUUCAGUUCCUUAACUUAAUGGGUGUUUGUUUGGAAUCUCUUGUAAACUAGCAGAUGCCCCAAAUGCGAAAGAUGAUCUCAUGGUGCUGUGUGCUUCUCACUGGGUGAAACAGCAGCUCUUCCUCUAAACAGAUUGAUAACUGUCCUCUGGAACUUCUUGGAGCAAGUGCAUGAAUUAAUUUACUCUUCUAAGUUAGCUUCAGUUCACCUGAUGGACCUUCAUUUGCAAGAAUGCUAGCGUGCAAAUGUCAGCAUCAUUCUUAGGUAUCAGGAGACAAGCAGUGAAGAGUGGGAGAGUAGAAACGACCGAUACAUACUGAUGGAUCUAUGUUCUAAAACUAUGUUUCUGGGUCUUUCCUCUUAAGGUUUGUUAAUAAAUUAAGUCCACUUCACCUACAAGAGGACAGGAGAAUCCUAGGUUCUAGACCUUCUUGGGUAUUUACGAUUAAAUCAUUCUGGCUUUUUAAGCUUUCUUUUUUUCUUCUCUGUAAACAUGACAAAUUAACACAUUUCCCUCGGACUGUUGGGCAAUGGAGGUGGUAUCAACCAAACAACUUACAAUUUCAUUUAGCUUAAAAUGAACAUGGCUAGGAGAUCCGGAUCCCCUUGCCUAAAUGCAAGUUUGUCUUGAGGUCACUUUAGGAGAGGAAAAAGCAGAGUGACCAUGAUUUAUUGUUAGUUAUUUAUGACAUUGUUCCUAUUGACAUUGAGUUAUAGGCUGUGGCUUUUGAACAUGAGAGACUUAUACGCAACUGGUGGCCCGUUUCGGUUGGGCCUUGUGUUUGCAAGAUUGACCCAUGCAGAGGUGCUCUUACCUUCAAAUCAUCCAUAGUAACUCCUCCGUGAGUAAAAGGCCAGUAUUGUGUCUGCCGAGACGGAUUCAUGUCACAUUUAAUAAGCUUGCUGUUAAUAUAAUAAUAACAGAACAAAAAUAUAACAAUAACAUUUUAAACUGAGACCUUUCAAGGCAAAAUUUAUUAGUGUCGACGCUAACAAAUAGUUUGGCACUUCGGGAUUGCCAUGUUCAAUUUAUAGGUGGCAACGCUGUUUAACUUUUGACCCCUGAGUCGGCCAGAUAACCAUGCCCUGUGAGGCUGCUAUAGGUAUUUUGUAAGAAUUUUUUCUUUCCCCUUUUGCAUUCCCUGGGCAUCUCUCUCCACAAACCUCCAGGGGUUUUCCUUCCGUUCACCAUUAGCUGAGGCAAUUUGCUCUCCCUUCCUAUGUUAAGAUCAAAACCAGAGAUAAUGACUUUCCAUUGUCACGCUGGGGAAAUGAACCAAGGGAGACAAUCUCAGCCUAUAAACAAUAAAGUAUUAACUGCAGGGAGGAAGUCUCUACAGCAAGAGUCCUGGAUCCCAGACUCACUGUGGGUGAAAACGGGCGGCUCGACAGAGCAAGAACUCUUAAACAUGCUUCAGCACUUUCCAGAAACAGCCUGUCUAGCCUGAAGGCCAAAAGAGGUAGAAAGUGGAGGGAAGGGGGCAAGAGGCGAAGUGAGUCACAAGUGAAACGGAGAGCUCCUGCCCUCUGGGGCAGUGAAGCCCACAGAAUAUAGAAUCCAGCUGUCUUUGAUGUUUGGCUAGCAGGGCCGGCUUUCUGCAGAGAAAAAUCUUCAGCAUGACAGACAGAGAAGUUUCCCAAAGGGAGAGGCAUUUGGGGCUCCUAGCAGUGGAAAGUGUUACAAGCACUACAGUAAAGCUGAUUAAUGGUUCCUCCUUGUAAACUUUGCCAAGAUCCCCACAGUAGAACAUACAUACAAAUUAGGAGACAUAUCAUCUGGGUUUUCUUCUCUCCCUUCCUUUUUCUUUCCCCUUGGGUCUUCUGUGACCAUAUAUAGCUACGGCAUCAGCCUGCAAUCUGUACGUAGGGUUAUGCCUUUCUGUUUAUAUUUGCCGAUGGAAGUCUGGAGUUGAAUGUAAUUACGGUAAACAUUUCUUAUUGUCAGUGUCUAGUAGCGAGCUGUUGAAUCUUCCCUUGAUCAUAGUUUUCCCAGUUUUGUAAAUAAUUAACCUUUAAAGCCAGGCCUCAGAAAAGCAUUUCAUCUGUUCUCAUGGGAAUAAGAUCUCGAUUAAGAAAUGCGUAAGACAUAUCCUCACAGUCUCAUGGGUAAAAGUAGCCCUAACUGUGGUUCUAAAUUCCUGGCCCCAGAGAUAGAGUUGGGAUCUGGUUUAAUUGUGAUACAGUGUAGUCUGUAGCAACGGCCCCUGCUAAAGCAAUGGGGGAGAUAGUGAUGUCACAGGCUCAGAAUCUGCCUAUCAGAGAAACUUCUUUUGGCACUAGACAACCCAGCCACUGGGGACGGUGAACUCUUUUUUUCUCCUUCAUUCCAUUUGCCUGUGUUCUGUUUUCUGAGCAAGUAAAAUCUCAGAACAGCAGCAAGAGGCAGUACAUACUGAGCAUCAACGAGGCAUAAAUGACCGCCAUGUGCCUUCCCUGCAUCAGCUCAUCAGUUCUUGUGACCGUCUUGCAAGCAAAACAAUAUCAGUCAAGGUAAUCGAUGACGAGGAGUAUGAGAAAAACAAGACCUUCUUCAUUGAGAUUGGAGAACCCCGUCUGGUGGAGAUGAGUGAGAAGAAAGCCCUGUUGUUAAAUGAGCUUGGUGGCUUCACAUUAACAGGAAAAAAGAUGUAUGGCCAACCUGUCUUCAGGAAGGUCCAUGCUAGAGAUCAUCCGAUUCCCUCUACCGUAAUCAGCAUUUCAGAGGAGUACGAUGACAAGCAGCCACUGACCAGCAAAGAGGAGGAGGAGAGGCGCAUUGCAGAAAUGGGGCGCCCCAUUCUAGGCGAACACACCAAGCUGGAAGUGAUCAUUGAAGAGUCUUACGAAUUCAAGAGCACUGUGGACAAACUCAUUAAGAAGACGAACCUGGCCCUCGUGGUGGGGACCAACAGCUGGAGAGAGCAGUUCAUUGAAGCGAUCACCGUCAGCGCUGGGGAAGAUGACGAUGAUGAUGAAUGUGGGGAGGAGAAGCUGCCCUCCUGUUUUGAUUACGUGAUGCACUUUCUCACAGUGUUCUGGAAGGUUCUGUUUGCCUUCGUCCCACCUACAGAAUAUUGGAAUGGCUGGGCCUGCUUCAUUGUCUCCAUCCUCAUGAUCGGCCUACUGACAGCCUUCAUUGGAGAUCUGGCUUCCCACUUUGGCUGCACCAUUGGUCUGAAAGAUUCCGUGACUGCAGUUGUGUUUGUCGCUCUUGGAACCUCAGUGCCAGACACAUUUGCCAGCAAAGUAGCAGCUACCCAGGACCAGUAUGCAGAUGCGUCCAUAGGCAAUGUCACCGGAAGCAACGCUGUGAAUGUCUUCCUGGGAAUCGGCGUGGCCUGGUCCAUUGCUGCCAUCUACCAUGCGGCCAACGGGGAACAGUUCAAAGUGUCCCCUGGCACGCUAGCUUUCUCUGUCACUCUCUUCACCAUUUUUGCUUUCAUCAACGUGGGGGUGCUGCUGUAUCGGCGGAGGCCAGAAAUAGGAGGUGAGCUGGGUGGGCCCCGGACUGCCAAGCUCCUCACAUCUUCCCUGUUUGUGCUCCUGUGGCUCUUGUACAUUUUCUUCUCCUCCCUGGAGGCCUACUGCCACAUAAAAGGCUUCUAAAGGAACAAUCAAGAUAUAAUAAAUUUAUAUAUAUAUGUAUACAUAUAUAUAUACAUAAAAAUUAUGUAUAAUGAACAGAGGAAACUGACAUUUGUCAUGUUCACUUAACCUGCUGAUGGAAUCCAGCUUCAAGAACGUACUCUGUACUAGGCCGGAAGUCAGAAACCAUCAUCUCCCAUCAUCGAGUUGAACAAGGCAUGGAGGCGGGGCCAUCUUGCAGCUCGUCCUAGAAAGAGUUAUAUUCUCUCCAAGUGCAUAAAUGGUUAAGGCUUUUAUUUGUUUUCUUGUUUUGUUUUGUUUUGUUUCCAGCGGGUGGGGAGGGGGGAGGGGGAGGUGGCUGAUGUUUGGCUUUUGGUUUUUUGGUUUGGUUUUGUUUGUUCUGUUUGGAGGGCCAAGAUCCUACUUCUUCUUAUAGAAAGUGGUGAUCCACCCCAAGGUGAGUGGAUUCGGGAUCGAUAUUAAAAUCAUAACGAUUCUCUCCUCACCUCCUCCAAACACUUUAAACGUUACUUUGGAUUAAGGAAGGAUCUGGGCAUGGAAGAAGGAAAACGCACAUCUUUACUAUAUUACCAAAUUUUAUGCUUAUCUCCGGAAUGUGAACAGUGGUAAACUGCCUCCAGGAAGAAGCAUGAGAGCUGAGACGGAGCCAGGAAAAGCAAUGGUUCUAGAUGUAGUCUAAGGAUAUGGUGCCUGGCACUCUUGUUCAACAGGUACAGGGGAUAAUGUGCCUAGAUUCCCAGUACUCGCAGAACUCUUCAUCCCUUAUCUCUUUAGCUCGAACUGUGACUAACAAGACCCUUAUUCCUUCCAGCCCAGCCAAUUCCCCAGGUAUUCCAUCCCAGACCUCCUCCUGCCCUCCACCCAACCCCUGCAAGCAGCAGGAUGAUUAACCCCACCCCUGAUUCCUGCCAUUUUAGUCAUCACAUGUGUCCAGGUCCCAUGUUGCUAUUGCCUGGGAUUUUCCAUCAGUUUUAUUUUCAGUGGCAUCCAUGGCUUGCACAAUCCUGUUCCAGUCAUGACUGAACAUUUGCCCUCCUUCAUGUGCCUGUUUGGGACUGUUGUCGUGAUUCCCCAUUACACAGUGCAUGGAUGAAAAUCUAAUAAACGAAGCGUAUCUGUAUAUAGUAGAGUAGAGCAAAUACUGUCCUCCCAUUCAGCGAUGUUGAUUGGACAUUGAAGACAUAAGUGAGUUUUCUUUUCACCUGAGUUGUUCCUUUUGAGUUGUUCUUGAGUUUGGAUAUUAAUAGGGAUAAAAGAAGAAAAUGGCUUGUUGUUCAUGAAUCUGCACGCUCACUUCUAAGAAGCAAUAACUGUCAUGGGAAGAGAGGUUAGCAUUAUUGAGAGGAUGACAGGCAAACUACAAAGAAGUCCAUGAAAUAGGAGCCACACAGAGCACAUCAGAGGCCUCUAAGAAUCACCCAUUGAUCCAUGUAGGCCGAGGAGAAAGGCUGGGGAGACAAGUGGUUACUUCGGAUGUGCCUGGACUUUUAGAACCUCAGUUUCCACACCACCCCUCCCCCAAUGUAUUUAUUGCACAUCUGCUCUGUCUGGCACAGAUGAUAGAUAGUGCUAGUUCAUUUUUUUUUUAAUGGAGAAGGCUGUUUUGAGCCCUGUUUCAUUCACCUCUUGGUCCAGACUCCCUGAAUUUCUUAGCAACUCCUGAGUGGAAAGGAAGUCUGAGUGACCAGUGGGACUUUAGAGGUCCACUGGGUAUGACUACGAGGAAAUUACUCAAAGAGACUGGGGAGUUUUUAACCCUUGGAAAGGAAUGGCUCUUUCCAUUCAAAAAUACCAAAGAGCAGAGAUAAACCCAACAUUCCAAAAGCUGUGAUUCUACUAAUGGGAAGAGGGAUGGCUUUGCCUAUCUCUCAGACACUUCUCUGAGCCUCCCUGGCCCUCUGCAUUGACUCCAGAUAUUUAAGAAAUAAAUGUUGCUGAGAACUCCUUUUCCUCCUUCCAAUGAGUGGUGAUCAUAGCCAUUCAUUGUUUAACAAACAUUUAGUGACUGGGUGAAUAGUUAGUGAUGUGUUGCCCAUUCAAUAGGCCAGGUAGUAUUCUACAACCUGGGAGCCGAGCAGUGACCAAGACAGCCCAGAUUCCUGCUCCCAAGGGGUAUGUAGGGAAUGGGAUUUCUACUCAAAGAGUAAGAGCUGACACUGAGACAGUUUUUAAUCUUGCAAGAGAAAAAAUAAUUAUGACUUUAACAUAGUCACAUUAAAAUUGCACAACAAAGGCAGUUGACCAAAUGCUCAUGUAUUUUUUUUUCCUAAGAGAAUGUAAUGUUUAGCUCUGGAAAAGUACUCUUUAGAGCCUUGGCCAAUGGGCAGGUAUUUUCAUCUUCCUAGUUUAGACCAAGCAGGGCACUAUGUCGGUGACCGACAUCACCAAGAAGACCCAACUAGCCUAUUUUUAAUCUCUGUGGCUAUGGUACCUUUCCAUAACAACAUGCCACAGGCCACCAACAGUGGUGACCCUGGGGACUCCUCCAUGGAGGGAGCACUCUAAGCCAUCCUGUUUUGAUUGUUUUAAUCUUAAUUUUAGAUUUUAAAGGUGGAAAGCUAGACUAGAAAUAACCAGUAAAUAUAGUCAAAGGAUAUAUAUGGUUAAAAACCUUAGGAAGAUUUUGCACUGGUUUUCGUUCUGUUCUGUUCUGUUUUGUUUUUAAGCCAUUUUUCGCAUGUCAGUAAUUCUGUAGUGAAUUUUCACAGAGAACUUCCCCAAAACUACUUGCUAUUGGUCAGUUUCAAGUUCAAGCUUUCUGGUUUGUUUGCCUUCUCAGUCUUCAUGCUGUAGGGAAAAUCUGAUUCUGGAUGUUCAGGGUUCUUAAUUAAUUAUGUGUAAAUGAUUUCAUUUUCUUUGUUUGAUUAUUUUUAUUUUGUGUGUAUUGUGCACGGCUUUAGGGGGACAGGCACUCGCAGUACUGUUCCUUAAAAUUGGUACACUUUAUUGACACAGGAAAAAAAAACCAAUAAAGUUUCUUACUGUUUGUGAUUUCAUCACCAGUGUCACAGCAUGUUCUGUACUGUGGAAUGUCCCUUCUCCUCACUGUCAUUGAUUUCAUUUUUUGGUUGUUUGUUUUCAUGCUCUGAAAAAAUAAAGACCAAAAAGGUAUCCCUGUGCAAUCGGUAUCCUCAUCCAUUGGGAAAGAGACAGCCAAAAUUCAAGCUCAUGCGAAUGUCAGCCCUUGGGUCCUGCUAUGUUUGAAUGGCCCACAAGCAGCCCAUGAAGUCAGAAUGUUUGUCCCGUGAUGCUGUGAUAAAAAUAAACAUUGGGUGUGCCUUCUUUUCACCACUUUCCCACCUUUUAAUUUAACUCUAGCUUCUUGCUUUCUGCACCCAAGGACAUGAACUCACAAACUAUUGCAAUGUUUAUCACACAGCACAUUGUAUUGAAUCAUGCCGCCCAGCCCAUCACACUGGUUUUGGGAAGUACACUUACUUCCCAAGAGACAAGCGAAUCAUACAUUUAUUAUCACAUGUUGUAUUUCUUCUUAUUCCUAGAACAACUUCUUUAUGUUAAUAAUUUCUGAUUCUGCAAACUAUGUAAGUCACUGACUUUCAUAUCUCAUGCAAUCAAAAGAACACGAGAAGAGGGAACACCAGGCACAGAAUAAGAAUUGUGGGGAGGAAUACUCUCUUGCUCUGGUAGAAUCCAGACAUGAGGUGCAUGCAAAUCACUCUUUGUUCAUCCGAGCACCUUAAAGUUUCCUACAGACCCUUUCAUUACAACAUCAUGUAGACACGUGGGCACACCUUCAAGGAUGAAAGAAAUGAGUUACACCUCAAACACUCUUCUUGAAUCAAAGAAUUGACAUGUCUCCUGAAUAUUGAUCUUUAAUGUCAUUGAAGUUGGCAGCCUGUAUUUGCUUCUUGAAUAAAGAGCAAAAUGAGAAUUAGAGUGAGGGUCCAUGACCGUUUAACAGACCUGAGCAAAGUUCUCCGACUGAUUGACUGUCAAGGGCUUAGGAGCAUCAUGAAUUUGUUGAUAGAUUCUGAUUCGAUCCUUCCAACCUUGAAGAUUUCAGAGAACCUUGCUUUCUAUGGUGUAGUAUAGUUAAUGAAAUUUUGGUUGUCCUUGUUUUUCAAGUAUAAGAUUAGCAUACAAAUAGACUGUUUGGAACAAGCCUGCAGAGAUGAAUAGGUGUCUCACAUAUGAUGAGCGCCCCUUUCCCAGGAAGUGAUCCCAAAGCAAAUAGAAACAUGUCAUUCCCACUGCCAUGUGAACCAGGCUUCCUCCACUAGAAACUCUAUGCUUUCACAUUCCUGGUUUUAAUCUAAAAAUAAUAAUAAUAAAGUGAGAGGAUCUAGUUUGCUUUUACAUCUGAGAGCUUUGUGGGGGGGAAAGUGAGAGAAUCUUCUCUGGGAGAUGAUGAAGCUCUUCUUUUCUAAAGAGGAAAUCCAUUUAAAGUAGAUCGGCUUCAUUAAGACUUCUUUUGGUUCUUCUGAGUUGAAAAUGUGGGAUAUCUCUUGACUUCGAUUUUCCUUUUCUGAUGUUUGGCAACUAUAACCAUAGCAAGUCCUGGUUGUAUUUUCAUGACUUUAGGAACAUUGACAAUAUACAAUUCAUUCUAACUUACAAGGGGCAUCCAGCAGUCCUUAUAAUAAUUGUGUCUGUUGGCCAAGGCAUUCUAAUCGUUGACAAAACUAGUAAGUGAUGAAUGUCUAUUGGUUGGGAAAUUAGUGGUGUCACACAUGGAAGAGGCCUGCAAAAUCACAUUUAUCUUACUGGGGACAUGUGUUCGUGUGGCUAGAUUCUCUAAUGUGUGCUCAUGUCUCCCUGCAGAUUUUGCUUUAUAAAAGACUGGGGAUUUUGCUAUUGUUUUCAAAUACUAUUACUGCUAUAGCUAUUGCUAUUAUAGUCAUACAUUCCAGCACGUUUCUCAGGUCUGACUUGAAUACUGCUGAUGGUACUUUAUCCCCAGGGAUACUCUGGGAAAGAAACACAAGUGAAAUGGUUAGGCAAUUCAUUUUUAAUAUCUAGCCAUGAGUAACAAUCUCCCAAAGCAAAGAAUGUCCUUCCUGCAGGAGGGCAAAGCACUGAGGGUAGAACUCCCAAGAGAGAGAAUGUGUUUUCACUUUUGAGGCCACAGGAAAUGGUAAGUAUCCAGGCUUUCUGUUCUCAGCCUGCCAAGAUGUCCAACGAGAUGCACUCAGAGAACCCAAGGUUGUUCAGUAUUGUCAAAGGUUCUCCGAUUUCAUGGCCUGGGGGGGGGGGUGUUUAAGUAUAUGGACUUGUAAGUUAUUGAUUUUGAUAUACUUACUUUGAGGAAAGACCAUCACUUCAUAGUGUACCUUUUCCUUUCCCUGUUGCCCAACCUUGUUCUUUUGCCAGCCACCCUUGAUCUACUCAGUAGACUUCAUGAUGUGACUGGUAUGAUCGCUCAGCAAUAGGGGAAAACUCACACUACAAGGAAUGGCUUGGGAUUUUUUUCUUCUAGGAGCAAGCUUGCCAUAGAAAAAUCAAAUAUGAUGACUUUUUACAGACAUUGGAGACAUAGUGUGUUAUCUCUACAAAUCCUUGGGGUAUAUACUACCCUUGAGUUCCAUGUUACUUUAUUGAUUUUAUCUCUCUUGAGGUCAUAUUUAUAUUGUCCCUGUGUCCAUUCCCCAGCCUAUUCUGUCAAUAUAUGUACAUAUAUAGUGGAAAAGAACAACAUACAUGACUCAUACAUUUAUAAGUGUCUCUAAAGCUGUCAUAUGUGAAACAGAAUAAUGCACAUGACUCUAGGAAACACAAGAGGGUCAAGUGCUCACUGGUUACUAUGUUUCAGGUAUGCAAUGAGUAGGAAAAUUUACAUUAAUGGCCAAAUAAACCAAGAAAGAAAUUAGCAAACAUCAGAGUUGCUGGGUCAGUUUUGAUAGUUAAUUCUCAAAGCCCGACCCUAGUUAUAGGUGUGAUGCAUAAUUUCGGGUAUGCUCAGCCAAAUCUAAAAAUGUAUUGGAGAAAGGGAAAGCUGGUUUAUUAGAACGGUUACAUAGCCCUCUCUACUGGAACUUCUAACCAGGGAGCUUACAAUUUACACAACUUUUUCUUAGAGUCCCUUGACGAAAAUAUAACAGAGGAGCUCAAAUCUGCAAGGAGGAGAUCUUUUCUAAAAUGUGUGAGUAUUGGUUUGUAAUGUUCUGGCCUCUAUUGUCAAGAUCAUAAUCUUGAGUUUUCUUUCCAAGUGAGAGGACUACUCUUAUUAUUAAAUGUAUUAAAUUAAACCAAAUGUGUAACUGCUUCACAAAAUACCUAAGAAAUAAGCUAGUUCCUAUAAAUAUCCAUGAUAAAAAUCAUACCAUCUUAAUGGUUGCUUUUCUGAAAAAUUAUACUCUUUGUGAAUCUUUCCCUCCAUUUCUAAAUCCAGUUUAGCAAACAUAAUGCUUGAAAAAUAUCCAAAAGAGAAAUCUUGGGAGCUUUUUACACUGUGUUGCAGUAAUGAACUAUGGUCAAGUUGCAUGGUUAUGAUAGAUGUGGGUGAGAAUUAUCUCCACUGUUGACAAGAUCAUAUUUUUAAAUGAAAUAGUUUGGCAUAAAGAAAAUGUGUUAAAUAGGAUUUCUUGUUUUACCCUUGUUUAAGAUAUUUGAAUGUCACUACUUUAAGUAAGAAAGAUUCCCAUUUUCCUGAGACAACUGUAUAAUUUAAUCUCAUUCUCAGAUUUGACAUGAAAAUCAAAGCUGGGCAUAUAUAGUUUUUGGCUUGCACAAUCAAAGAAAAAUAUAUUUUGGCAUAUUUUCCACACCAUUGAACUAUUUUAUGGAAUACAUCUGUGCAGAUGUCUCAUAAAAUAUUUUUGAUCAUUUCCUCCCACUUUUAAGCAUAUAAUGUUUUUAAAUUACUCAAUUGUUAAUUGAAUUACCAAUUAAAUUGGUAACUUAAUACUCUUAAAAGAUGGCUCCAUGCUGAUAUUGUUACUAAUAUUUCAGGACUAAUUAUAGUUUGGACCAAUACAUAGGAGGGGAUAUUGGACUUGAGUCUAGCCCUGUAACCACAUGGUCUAGACAGAUCUGCCAGUGAUUAAGUGUUUUAGAUGAAGCAGCCUUAGACAAUAUACAAUGUGAAUAUUGUUAUUAGUCAUUUUUUUCUAACAAAGGUUCGCAUUUUAAGCAGUGUAGUAACAACUUUAGAAGAGUUGGAUGACUAGUUGCAAGAUUCUUUUUCUUGGGAUUGUUUCAUUGUGUCAACACUUGUGGUCCUCUACCUUAUUUCUCCCAUACCACAGGGAUAUGUACAUUAAAAAAAAGUUUUACAUGUUAAAUAACCCAAACUGUAUUCUGCAUAUUGCCCAGAAAUUCAUGUCAAGUUAAUUUCUUUCAUAUGGGACAAAGUAUGGAGAAGGAGUUCAUUCUCCAGGUAAUGAACACAGUGCAUGUUGCUUGAGAACUGUUUGGAAUGACGGGUAGUAUCCUUCCUACAAUAGAUGCAAAAAUCUUAAAGAAAGAAAUUCAUUUUUAUUCCUUUUGCUUAACAAGUAUUUCAGAUAGGAAGCCAUUGGGGUUAAUUCGAUUCCUUCUGCUGCCUUUGAUUAUGAGCGUUGAAAAUGUUCAAGGUCAAUGUCUGGAAGUUAAUAGGAUGAGAUUUGUAUUUCCCUUGAGAGACGGUACCAAGCAGGCAGGCAACCAUGUACCAGUGAACAUGUUCUACAAAUGUAUUUUGGCAUGUUGGGAGAGAAAGGGAGUCCUCACCAAUCUGUCAGCUGAUAUCUGAUCACCCAACACACAGCCUGUGGAUCUUUCUUAGUUCUGGUUAAGGUCAGACAUUCCCAAGAGAGCCUGCCUCCCUCUAACACAUGAGUUGAUUAUCUUGUCUGGGACAUUUCUCUCCAAAUCCUAGAAAUAAGCAAACUAGCCCGGCUAACCAGUUGCCCAUGAGACUUCUUCAUGGGGUUCUCUCAGAGCAAGGGAUGUAGUUGAACAGGUGCAAAAUCUUUAGGAUUCAUCUAUAAUUGUUAUCAUUGGAUUCUCGGAAAUGUUUGUCUUUUAAGUUUCUGGCCCAAGCUCUAAGAACAGGGCUCCUGCUGUCAUCAGUAUCUUAUAGGAACUUUGACACUCCAGGUAUUGUGUCAUUAGUAAAGUGAAAAUGAAAUUGCUUUCUUACUCCUCAGGAUUCAUUCAUCAGUGUUCAGAGCUUGUACUAAUCAGCAUGACAGGAUUGACAAAGGAUGAGAAAUAAUCCAGAGGCAUAAAAUUGCCUCAUCAUUAUUGAAGUUCUCUCUACUGACUACUACUACUAACUACUAAGUAACUGCUACUAACUAAUGGCCUUCAUCCAGGAUCACUGAUUGUCCAUUCAGACUUUGAAAAAUAUAAGAAUCAGCCAAGCCAGUAGAAAAGUUUCAAAAUCAGAAUUUCAUAAACUUCAAGCACUUAUUUUGCUAAAAUACUCUGUUAAUUAUCAUAAAGUAAUGAUGACUUAAGAAAAUUUACAUUGGCCCUGGAUUUAAUAAGAUUCCAAUUACAGUCUUCUAAUUAAGUUAACCUUCCAUUUUGGUCUAAGGAUAUUUUAUUAAUGUGAGACUCUUUAAUGGGGUCAUUAUGAAACUGAUCAAAGAACUUCUCUUUAAUAACGGUUUUCUUAAUUUCACAUUCUGUGUUUCACCAUCAAGAUGAAUGGAUUCAGACUCAACUAGCACAUCCCAGAGUCUUCUAGGAGCCAGACACUAAGUGAGGCAGAUUCCUGGUUUGUUAGCUAACAUUAAGUUUCAGAAAGCUUGCUAUUGGCAUCAUGUGACUCAUCAUUGUUGAAGUUCUGUCUACUGACUACUACUACUACUACUACUACUACUACUACUACUACUACUACUACCUACUAAGUAAUUGCCACUAACUACUAACACUGAAUGUUCUUGACUUGGGGGGCAUCUGGCUGUUCUCUGAGCUAAAACUUCUGAGCCCUCAUCAACUGUCAGCACCUAGAGAAGGGGACCACAGCUUCUCUCUCUGAGCACACAGCGCUCUCUUUUUGAAUGCCUAGUUGUCAUCAGAAAGGAGACUCAAAGGCUUUCUCGUUUGGAAAGGUAGAUCUAUUUGCUUGACAGGGUCAUCCAGAUCUCUCUGGAUUUCAAUCUUCUCAUUGCUACAUGAGAGAUGAUAGAUACCUCCUGUUGCUUUUUCCAGAACACGUCAAGCCUCCUAUGAUGGGUAGCUUCUUAUUUCCUUCCACUUAUAGGUGUGAGGUGAAGAAACUUUAUGUGGCCAAGCAGUUGUUCCCCAUCAUAUUUGAUGGUCAGAACAAGUGUCAAACCAAUCAAACCACAUGCAUUUGAGAUGAACUAAAAAUUUAUUUUAAAACAAUUACUUGUACACCACUGCAGGUGGGGCUCUUUUCCCUGAGGAGAGAAGAAAUUUCCCUCACUUGAAAAAGCAUCAAAUAGAUUAGAAAGGAUUUCAACUCAGUGACCUUCUUAAGGCCACAGUCAUUCUUCCAAGAUUGACCUUUCGAGUUCACUUUUGUUUUUGAUUCACUUUUGUCUUUUCAUUUCUUACGCUUACCAACAGAUAGGAGAAAGAGAUUGUCAGUACUGUUUUCUACUAAACUCUCUGAAUUAUAAAAAAGCUAUACAGUGCACCCCCCCAAAAAAUAAGGUUUAUUUAAAGGUACAAGUAUUCUAUAGGAAAAUGAAAGCAGGAUGCCAUUUGCUACAGAUUCAAUUGUCUUUUAAAUAGCCUCUUUGUUAUGGAAAAUGACUAUUCCAAAGGAUGUCAAAAAAGGACUUCUUAAAUCAUACCCAUAGCAAUUACCAGCAAUGCCUCAGCCAAAAUGCUUCAUUAUUGAUCUGAAAUUGCGCAUAAAGCACAGAACAAGCAUAUAGACUUUUUCACAAGGAAAGGAAGAGAAAAAACAAAAUAAAAAAUUAAAACAAACAAAAAUACAAACAAAACUCCUCUUAUGUAAACCAAGAAUAUUCCGUGGAGUGAAUAUAAGCUUUCUCUUGAAGGAAUCCCAAUUGGAAUGUCUUUGGAAAUGACAAAACUAUUUCAACAGAGUGGGAGCAACGCAUUCCAGCUCUAUUAGUCCUGAGCCACAGAGCCAAAUUUGAGAGGGGAAAGGGUAAGCAAACACCAGUGACAUGUUGCAACAGAUAAUGCGGCUUUGUGAGCCUCAACGUAGAGGGAAGAAAUUUAAACAGAUAAUAUUUUAUUACACUGUAAUACUUCUGUGACUGAUGCUUCGGGAUAAAAAAUAUUCUUCUUUUUCUGGUUAUUUGUUUCCAUCUAGAACAGUAAAUGCAUCCCAUUUUUAAAUUGCAAUGAUUCCUUUGUGUCAAAUCUGAUCCCUAUUUCGGAUUUCAUUAGGAAAUAGUAAAUUGGAACAAAAAAAAAAGUAUGCACCAUAGGCGUUUUCUGCUGAUGACUGCCUUAAGCAUUCUUGGUUGUGCUGUCAAUCAAAGGCAGGUCUUUGCUUAAAGACAAACUCAGCCUUGCUCCCUCCCAUGCAGUCAACAGCUCAUUCAUACAAAUUCAUGUCAAUCUUCUUCAACUCCCUCCCACAGCCCCACCUCUUAAGCUAACCCACCUCUUCCAGCCAGCAAAUUGCAACCUCUAAUCAUGUCUGCUCACUGCUUGUCCACCUUAACUCUCACCCACCUGGAUACCCCAGAAAGUCUCUGGAAACCUUCCCUCUAUCCAGUUUCUUUCCAGAAGCUCUUGGGAUUAAAAAGCUUUCACAUAAGAUUUUACUAAAAAAAAAUCAACAACUCAUUUGUUUGUGCUCAGCCAAGAAACUGUGAACAAAUUUAGUCAUCGUGUUAAUUACCCUGAGGUGAUAAGGGGACUGUCACAUAAGUGGCUGGCAGAAGAGAAUUGCAGUGCUAUUACUAAAAUAAUGUUCUGUGAAAAAGAGUGUAGAAUCUUCUAGAAAUGGACUUUCAGGGUGCCAUGCUUAGUAACAUAUAGACAAUUAUAUAGGAAGACUAAAGCAUAAAACGUGGUUUAGAAUUACAUUUUAUGGACGCACUUGUUAUAUAUGCUGACGUGUGCUUAACUUUCUAAACCCUCGAACCUUCUAUAAUUAAACUAAUACCUAUAGAAUUUAGCCCUUCCUACUUGAUGAGUUUCUAGGGAGAAAAUUAAUUCAAUAUUGAUCUUCCUAUCCCACAUGGAAAAGCUUUGCUGCAGGAAUGCAAUUAGGGUGACAUGGUUUACUAUUUAGAGUGUGUUUUAGAAUGAGCAACUACAGUGGCUCUUUAGUCCAUGGCCAAGCAGCAUCAGUAAUGAGUCGGAAAGCUGUGAGAUAUGCAAAUGAUCUGCUCCCACCUGAGACCCCCCAGCCCUCUAUAAAUCAGAAAUGCCAGGCGUAGGCUCCGCACCGUGGCUUUUAACAAGCUCUUUGGGUUGUAUUAAUUUGUGCUGCAGUUCAAAACCAUUGAUCCAGAGAGUGCUUUGCAUGUCUUAGAAUGAUCAGUGUCACCCCAUGUUUAACUCUGCUCCCCCCACCCCAGAAUGAAGCUUAUCGGAUGAAAUGUCAGAACAAUAGACUCACACGCGUGGGUUUAAAAGUUCGUAAUUCAGAGUUAGAAUUCCAUUUGAAGGAAGACAAACCUCACAACUGUUUUUUUUUUUUUUUGCUGUUUUGUUUUGUUUUGUUGUUUUAAUGGGAUGUCUUUCCUGAGUCUCUCGAGAUCUUUUAAAAUAUAGCUGUUCACGUACUUUACCUGACCAUCCCAGGGCCUAGAAAACAAUCUAGGAAACCUCUGUCAUUGUUGAAUAAUUAGCUCUGGCUGAUAUCCUAGUUGGCAAACGAUUUUGUAGCAGUCCUGAGUUCUGCUGAAUGACUGUCUUCUCAUUUGAGGAGUGGGUGUGCACUGAGGUACAAUGACUGAGUUUGGGAAGCUGGUUCACAAUAAAAACCAGGGCUUAUAAACCUUGGAAACAGCAAGUGGCAUAGUAGUCACUCUAGGUCCCCUAGGGUCAACUUUCAAGGCUCUCUUGCUGGCACUGGGGCAAAGCCAGAGAUUGCCUUGAAAGACAGGUUAAGAUAGUGAGUUAAUCUGAGAAUGUGUGCCCAUGUGUCCGUCUGUCCUCUAAACUCUAACCUGACAUUCUGAAGUACUUAACAUAUUGACCUGUGUUUGUCUGUCCUUUAAAUCGAGAAAGGCCAUUCAAGAAUCUGCAUGCUUCUGUUGUUGCUGGUCAAAGCUUGAGCGUUGAUUGUCCAUUUGCUCUGGCUGGGGUUGCCUUCCCAUUGAUGCCCUUCCUCUUGUCCUAUUCCUGCCAAACGCCCCUGAACACUUGCAGCUCCAACCUCAAGCACAGCCCAUUCAUCUCCGUCCUCAUCACCUGCAUCUCCAUGCACAUUAUCUUUUACUCAAAACUAGAGCCCUUCUGAGAGAUCACACCAACACAGCAGACCAUUGCAAUGAUGAGACAUAGCAUUUUCAUCAGAAGGGACUAGGUCGGGUUCCAUGCAACUGACUCAAAUCCUGCACUAAGAUCCAAAGCCUUGAUAUCCUUUCUAACCUUUGAAAUGUCACCUUGGAAGCAUCCAUGGUGGAAGCUGCCAAUGUGAGCUUGUGGUCCAUCUCUCCUCUGUCUGCAGUCCAUGCACUGUGCUAUUUGCUCCAGUCCCGCAGCCUUGAAAUAGGCCUGGAUUUGAAUUGCAAAAAUGCAAGUAAACAGUUCCAUAAUGAAAGACCCUUAUUGGGUAGCAUGUCAAAAAGGCCUGGACACGAAAAUGUGGCAGAUGAUGGUUUUAAAACCAUAAACAGAUUUCCUGUCAGUAAUUUGCAGAGAUAGAAACAGGUGAGUGAUAACAACGUAUCUCUUUCCUGAAAGCCAUAAUCAACAUCACUGACACAACUGUUAUUGCAACAGGACUUCCCGGGGUUCAUUGGGGAUUUUGUAGAUGUGUACAAUGCUCACACCAAGAAGAUAUUCAUGGCUUUCUAGACAAGAGCCAGAGAAAAGAAAAACAUGGCUGUUGUAUAUCUGCACAUUGCUCAUUCCAUGGGGCAGACAAGACACGAGAGACUUCUGGUUAGAAACUAAUCCACAAUUGUCACACGCCUCUGGUGACUCCUGGUAGCAAAUUUUCCCUACUCAGCCAGUGGGUGAUUUAAGGGUAAACAGAAUUCCUCCUAAACCAUUAUAAUGGGCAAUCGCAAUAGAAAAUACCAGCAUGACUUCAUGACAAAAAGCUUCUGUACAAAGGAAAUGAGCACAAUUCCCUCCCCGCCUCCCUUUGCAGGGCUAAAGAGGAAAGAACACUGUGUACAGAAGUUGUGCUCAGAGUGUAAGAGAUCCGUCACAAAUAAGCUUCAAAGACAAAAAGGUAGGAAAGACUGACAAAAUUAGAGGUGAUCUUAGCAUAGUCACGUGACCGUAAGCAAUGCUAACAAGCCUCCAGCUCAUGGAGACUGCGCAUGUCUAAGACUGUAUGUUCAAUAACUUCGUCACACUUGGAGUGCCUUCAGUGGUAGUUUGGCAGUGAUAUACAUGGAAGAUUAACUGACUCUUCCAGUUUCGAGUCUCUCAGGCCAAAUGAUAUAAUCUAUGAAGAUGGCUAUUUCCAGUGCGAAACACAUACACAAGCAUGCACGCAGCCUAUGCUAGUGAUUCCGCAGAGAAACAAAAUGUCUAACAGUCAGACACUUUCCAGUGUUUCAGAGAUAAAAUUUUGCCAGAAGUAAAAGUCGGCAUGCCCACGAUUGCGAAUUGUGUUAGAGUUACCAUCAUCAGAAGUACUGUUAGGACUUUGUGUAAGACACCUUCUCCAGCAUCAGUAUAUCAAUACAACUUUAGUGGAACGGUCAAUCUGCGCUCCUUAGAUAGCUUUCUAUCUGUGCUGGUCUGCUGCGACCCUGAAAUAGUGCACACGUACUCCAUGUGACCAGGAAAGAAAGUGGCCUCCCUGAAAUGUUAGCAGUAGAGGAAGCUACUUAUUGUCUGCUGCCAAAGAAAACUGUUUAAUGAUCUGUAAAAUGUAGAUUAACUUCUUGUGUUAUGAAUGUGACUGUAAGAAAUGCUUAUUUCAUUACCUAGCCUUUGAAAAAUGAAUCCUUUUGUGUUGCUAAUCACCGAGGGGAUAUAUUUUAAGCUGGUGUAAUACGCGAAAGUGUCAGAAGAAGAAAGCUAGAUUCGAAUUUGAAAACUCAGUGGCAUGGUCUUUCCCUCAAAUUCUUACAUCACACUAAGUUGCAUUUGGAGACCUUAAACACACCAACAUUAAUAACAGCUCCUGUCUCAUAGAGAAAGCAUUGAAACACUUCUCUUCACGAACAUCGAGUAUACAGAAAUUACUGUCUAAUUUUCUCGCCCAUCCACCACACAUGUGUGGACUCAAAGGUCUACCAAUGUUGCACAGAAAGUCAACAGGCUGUGUAUGCCAAUUUCAUCUGUGCAGUUAGCAAGAACUAGCCAUUAAACUAUAUAUUUAAAUGUUUUGUAAAUAGACUUUUGAUUACUACAGUUUUGUUCGAACUGCUGUCUUUUAAAAUAAUUAGACUUGAUUUGAAUUUUUUAAAUAAUCUGUUAUAUUAGAUGUUGCGUUACUGACUGUGAUUCAAUGUACACUCAGCCAUAUUCCUGUGGGAAGUAUCAAUCCUAUUGACUUUCUUGGCAUGAGCCAGAAGCUCUUAGUUUCUCUAAGGACUUUAAGUAUAAAGAUAAAAAAAAAUCAAAAUGAAAUGCUAGUGAAGAAAUAAGAAACUUAUUGUACAAAAUGUAUUUUUAAAAAUCUUAAGAUUCAUGUGAUUUACACUGCCUGUUAAUCUAGUCUCUGUGAAAUAACCACAGCAUAUUUGUUAAGACAGAAACACCAAAUAUUUACGAACUUUGUACAGCACCUUGUUAUAAUAUGUGACUUUAAAUGGUAAACAUCUCCGUUGUGAUCGUGUGAGCCCACAGAAGAAUUAUUUCUGCUGUUCUGUAAAAUCCAGCUCUCAGAAUUCAGAUUCCCUGCAGCUGCUGUAUCACCAAUAAACAAGAAUUAAUGUGAAAAAAAUAAUUUUUAAGUUUAUGAUCACUGUGCAUUUUGUUAAUGAAUUCAGAGGAUUUUAUUUUUACCGGGAAUUCUCUCAGCCAGUAAAUACAACUGUUGAUUUCAACAAUA